AUGGGUUCAACUGCGAAAUCGAAUAUCUUAGUGGUUGGAUUUGGAGGCAUUGGCACGAUAACCGCCUACAAUUUGGAGGCCGGCGGUCUUGCGACGGUGACAGGCGUGCUGCGGUCAAACUAUGACAGGGUAAACGAGCAUGGCUUCAAAAUAUGGUCCUGUGAUCACGGUAAUAUUCCGUCUUGGAAGCCGAGCAUAAUAUCGAGGAAUGUGCCAGAUGUGCAGGCUGAGUCUCUCCCUCCAUAUGACUACGUCGUCGUCUGUACAAAGAAUCUGCCCGAUAUACCACCCACAGUAGAGGAAAUAAUCCGCCCGGCAAUCACACCAGGCUACACGGUAAUUGUUCUGGUGCAGAAUGGGCUCAAUAUCGAAAAGCCGAUGUUCGCUGCAUUUCCCUCCAACAUCGUCAUCUCCGGUAUCUCGCGGAUGAGCUCCGCGGAGCUGAAACCGGGUCAAAUAUUCCAUCAGGACCAUGACAUUCUGAUCAUUGGCGCAUUCCGAAACCCCAAUUUGAAGUUGGAAACUGAGCUGAAAGCUGCCAAGCACUUUACUGAGCUGUACAACGCCAGUGGGAAGGCAACCGGGCAAUAUGCUGAAGACGUGUUAUUCAUGCGAUGGCGAAAAUUGGUCUACAAUGCCUCUUACAAUUCUCUUUGUGCGAUUACAGGCAUGGAUACUUCUAAGCUUCGUCUCUCAGGUACUGCUGUGCACGAGCUUUUGCUGCCUGUCAUGCUGGAAGUCAAAAGUAUUGCUCGGGCUGCUGGUGUCCAGCUAGCCCCAGACCAAGAAGAUGCAUCCUUAAAUGGCGAUGCGAUUGAUGCUUAUUUUAGGCCUAGCAUGCAGCAGGAUAUCGAAAAGGGUAAUUUUAUGGAAAUGGAAAUUAUCGUCGGCGAGUGUGUGAGAGAAGCACAGCGUCUCGGCGUCCCGGCACCUACACUGUCGUUUAUUUACUCCCUAUUGAAGGUCUUGCAGUUCAAAACCAAAGUGAAGAGAAACAUGGUCACACUUCCUCCUAUGAAGGACUACGGAGCUGGAGACAUUCUGGCCAUGUUAAAGGACACAGCCAGCCAGACAUGA